UCAUUUUCCUUUUCUUCAGCACUAUUUCAACUAGCUGUGAUGAAUAUACGUGAUCCGUGCAAUCUACGGCUGUUAUCAUUGUCGAAAAAGAGAGUUGAAAUUAUCGCAUAAAGGGGCGGUGAGGUAGGAGGUUUAGCGCCAAGUUAAAGCUACUCCUCCCUGACGUUGAUGCUUCCACUCAUCUGUUCUGUUCAAGGCGCCAGCUCAGAGGAACUAGCCUGGCCUCGACACACAAGCCAGCUCCGAGUCUGUCCACUUUGAAUACAUAUUUAUUUCCCAGACGUGGAUAGGAGUGAACUCAAAGAGCAGAAUCUUGAGGUUUGCUCGGAAAGCGGCAUCCCCCUCAAGAAUAUAAUGCGAGGACAACGGGAAGAGACAGAACCGAAAUCUGUCGCUCCCGAGGCGCCCAAGGAAAGCACAGUCCGACCUAGAAAGAGGAAGGCAGAUGUUGCCAUUCACUUACAAGAUCUGGAUGAGGAGGUAGCAGAGACGACGACAACGAAGAAGAAGCAGUGCGACCGUGAGGUGGGGUGGAAUCCUGAUGCUGGUUACACAAGUCCACACAGGUGGAUCCCCACACCUGAUCAGGAAGAGUACCAACCAGUUUCCCUGUUGAACGCGGGCUUCCCUCACUACAUCUUUAACAACAUAUUUGUAACCCCUGUUCAUUGUGCUCCACUCCCUGCACUGUGCUGGGCCAGUAAGGAUGUGGUGUGGAACAACAUGUUGGAGAAGGAUAAGACCUACACCAGGGACGUCCACAUGAUGGAAAAGCAUCCUCAUUUGCAGCCCAAGAUGAGGGCAAUUCUCCUGGACUGGCUCAUGGAGGUGAGUGAGGUGUACAAACUGCACAGGGAGACGUAUCACCUCGCUCAGGACUACUUUGAUCGCUUCAUGGCAACACAGAGAAACGUCUUUAAAUCCACGCUUCAGCUCAUCGGCAUCACCUGUCUUUUCAUUGCUGCCAAAGUAGAGGAGAUGUAUCCUCCCAAGGUCCACCAGUUUGCCUAUGUUACUGAUGAAGUCUGCACAGAAGAUGAGAUCCUUUCAAUGGAAAUCAUUAUUAUGAAGGAGCUGAAUUGGAUUCUCAGCCCUCAGACUCCCAUCUCCUGGCUCAAUGUUUACAUGCAGGUGGCCUACCUGAAAGAGACGGAUGAGCUGCUCAUUCCCCGAUACCCUCAGGCUACGUUCACACAGAUUGCAGAGUUGUUGGACCUGUGUAUGCUUGAUAUACGUUGUCUUGAGUUUUCCAAUGGCAUCCUGGCUGCUUCAGCACUGUUUCAUUUCUCCUCUGUAGAGCUGGUGGAAAAUGUCUCAGCUCUGAAAAGGGUGGAGGUGGAGGAGUGUGUCCGGUGGAUGGUGCCAUUUGCCAUGGCGCUGCGAGAAUUUGGUGGGUCCUCUAUGAAAACAUUUGCAGGAAUCCCAGCAGAGGACAUGCACAACAUCCAGACCCAUGCUCCCUACCUUACAUGGCUGGACAAAGCCUACUCUUACCAGGAUGUGGAGUUGGAGCGUCAUGGCAACUGUCCUGUCCCUUCAGGCGUCCUGACUCCACCUCUGAGCAGUGAGAAAACUGAAGAGUUGGUUCGAGUGGAUGCUGCAGUACUAAAAGUCAAACCAAGGAUGCGUACUCCAUCCCCGCUAAGGAGCCUUCCGCAGUAGCAGUACACUGAAACUGACAAGACAAAGGCAGAUCGUAAUUAGAUUUUUGCCAUGUAGCGCUACGUGGAUGAAAGGAACUUCUGAUGUGUUGACUCAGAACAGCAACACCUCUCCAGUGCAGAUGCACAAGUUGGAUUUUCAGCAGACGGAAGUUGUUUUCUUUUUCAAAGUCAUGCUGACCAUUUGGAUCCAGAUGCUCUUUAAUGUCUUUGUAUUUGGUGCACACACAGACUUUAAUUUUGGGAAACACUGAGACACAUUGGUUUCACCCAGAUCCUCACAGGAAUCUAACAUAUUUAACCGUCGGUUUUGGAUGAACACCCAAGCAAAGAGCUAUUGGAAUGGCAUGGAAUUCGAGGAGGUUUUGUUUCCCAAUAGCAUUGCACCCAAAUGUUUGCAUUAAUUACCAACCACACCUGCAGUUUGUGGCAGCCAUUUUUAUCUUCUAUGCAGAGACCAAACUGACUGGAUGUUUUACGGAGUCUCUACUUGAUCUAGUCUGUAUGUGUUUGUUUUAACAGUGAUUGGUGUUUUUUUUUUUUAAUCUAUUAGCGGCCUAUUUUGCCCAAAAACUAUUUCUGGAGUCAUUCUUGGCUCUAUUUGCUGCUAUAAAGUGGGCUUUGCAUGAUGGGAAGUAUGUGUGUGUCUGUGUGCAUGAAAUAGUGUAUUGCUCUUAUUUUUUAUUUUAAUUUUGGUUCUACUCUUGCCAUUUUAUUGGACAAAACGGGCCAUGUUUUGCUUGUGGACCAGUAGCUUGGCUACCUCAAUGGAAAAGUGAACCAGCCAGGCUUCAAAAGCUAAAAUAUUGAUUGUAUUUAACUUUUAUUCCUAUCCCAGUGGGCGGAUUGUUUGCCUACCACCAAAAUGUAAGAUUAUUUGUUUUAAAUAAAAUGCUGCUACAUAUUUUCCAUUAAAGAAAGUUUUACCGAAUGGUAUUUUCUAGACUAGCCUUUUAUAAAUGAAAGCACACAAGACUAUUUUGACAAAUGUUUUCAUUGAAUCCUGUUUGUUGUUGAUAUUUAACAUGAGUAUAACAAGUUCAUGUACUGUUCUUUACUCCUUAAGGAAUCGUAGACACACAAAGGCUUUAUUCCACUAGGUGUCAGUGUGAUGCUGUCAGUUUGAUUGCAUUCUCAGUGUGUAUAGCAAUAGCAACUGAAAUACUGAAACAUGUUAAAAUUGUGCAACCUGAACAAAAACUCACCUUUAGCCCACAUUUAGUUCAGUUUUGAAUUAUUUUCUAAGCCUUUUAAGCUUUGACCUAUAAAGAAAUCAGUACAGUAACACUACAGUAAACACUAUGGUGUGAGGAAUCUGAUGUUGAAACACUGACAUUUUGCCAGCAGUGUUAAUCUCCUGAACCCCAAACCGUUUCUGGGAUUUUUUUCCUUUCUUUUUACUUUUGAUUAUACUCCUUUUUCAGUGCGUUAUAAAAUCCUGCACUUCAGUGGAAAUAGCACAACCAAGGCUAGAAGUAGACAGGACUCAAAAAUGUCUUCUGUGCAGUUUGACCCAAAUGCCAGAAUUGUAUUUUUUUAUAUAUAUAUAAGGAAAACAUGAAAAAUUGAGUUUCACUAUUUUCUAAGUGUCCACAGGGAAACUGGAAAAAAAUAGGGCUUCACGUGCUGUAGAUGUUCAAUUGAAUUUAUCUUCCAAUCACUUACUCCACUGUUCUCUCUUGAAUCAUUCUGCAUUUUGUAUUGAUCAAGUAUGUUUUAUUUUUCUCACAGCCUGCAGCUCACCUGAAAAUGUCUUUCACACUGUUGGUUGUCAGUCAUUGCUUAGUUGUGUGGGGAGCACAGAUUUUUUUCCUUAUCACAAGAUCUGGUCAAAACGAUUUAGUUUUGGCAAAACUUUAAAUGAGCUGACUAAACAAUUUUGAUGAGAUAUCGCAGAUUUUCUCUUAGAUAUGUUUACAUUUUCUAACAGAACAACAUGUCACCGAUGAGCAGAUGAGUAGUUUAAGACUGCUGGAAGUUUGUAGUUUGAUAAAGGAUGUAAGUUCUGCUUUAUCAGUGUACAGGUUAUAAUAAACUAUGACAUGAACUGCA